CCCAGACACCCACUCUCAUCCCCCGCUUCCUCCGUUCCUUUCGCUGGAUAUAAAUAGUCGUCGAAAUGAAGCUGGUCGUGUUGCUGGCGCUGUUUGGUCUGGCGAGCUGCCGCACUCUGCUCUUCGACGACGAUGACGACUUCGAUGCUGCACACAUCUUCGACGACGACGACGCCGACGACCUGCCGUCUGCCUUCGCAUCCCGAGGCAGUCCCUUGGCUUCGUCCUACGCCUCCUCUCUCGCCCUCCCCACCGCCGUCCAGAACCUGGGGGCGCUGAGGGCGAGGUCCUUCCGCCUGCCCUCCGCUUUCGCCUCAGCAGGACCCCUGGCGACCUCCUACUCGGCCUCCUUCGUCCUGCCUUCGAGGGUGGAGGUCAUCGACGACGGGUUCGACUCGGCGGAGGAGGACUGAAUCGGGUGGCGCCUCUUGGCUUCUCUUCUUCCCUUUUCUUCUUCUUUUCUUCUUCACUUUUCUCUGCUUUCCCUUUCUUCUUCUUGUCUUCUUCACUUUUCUCUUCUUUCCCUGUAUUCGUCUUUUCCUUUUCGCUUGUCUUUUCUUGCCUUCUGUUCUUCGUUUCCUCCUUUCUCUCUCUGAGCUACGUGCUGUGUCGGUCUGAAACAUAGAGAAUGUAUUUUCGAUUCUAUUGGGAAAUAAAGUUUGUAAUAUAUCUAUGUU